UCCCAUGGCAACACGGAAGCCCGCGCUCCCGGGCCCGCCACAGAGGUUGCAGCCUACCGCGAUGUAGGGUGGACCCUUCGCGGAGCCUGCGGCCCUGGAGUGAUCGAAUCACUAUGCCCAGUGAAACUCUCUGGGAAAUUGCAAGAGCUGAAGUGGGAAAAAAGGGAAGUAAUGGAAGUGAAGGUGAUGGCAUUGAAAUUGGAGAAAAAUCUGUUUUCUUCAUUGGCAGUAAAAAUGGGGGAAAGACUACUAUUAUUCUAAGGUGUCUUGACAGGGAUGAACCACCAAAACCAACUUUGGCAUUGGAAUAUACUUAUGGAAGAAGAGCAAAAGGGCAUAACACACCAAAAGAUAUCGCUCACUUUUGGGAACUGGGUGGAGGAACCUCUUUACUGGACUUAAUCAGCGUACCAAUCACCAGUGACACUUUACAGACAUUUUCUAUUGUUCUUGUUUUGGAUCUUUCAAAACCUAAUGACCUUUGGCCCACCAUGGAAAACCUGUUGCAAGUCACAAAAAGUCAUGUCGAUAAAGUAAUAAUGAAACUGGGGAAGACAAACUCUAAAGCAGCUUCUGAAAUGAGACAGAAGAUGUGGAGUAAUAUGCAGAAGGACCAUCCAGAUCGUGAAUUAAUUGACCCAUUUCCAAUACCUCUGGUCAUAAUUGGAAGUAAAUACGAUAUUUUUCAGGAUUUUGACUCUGAGAAGAGAAAGAUAAUAUGCAAGACACUUCGAUUUGUUGCACAUUACUAUGGAGCAUCAUUGAUGUUUACCAGUAAAUCAGAAGCUCUAUUACUAAAAAUACGUGGAAUUAUCAACCAGUUGGCUUUUGGCAUUGACAAAAGCAAAUCGAUAUGUGUGGAUCAGAAUAAACCACUGUUUAUCACAGCAGGAUUGGAUUCUUUAAGUCAAAUAGGAUCUCCUCCAGUUCCUGAUAAUGACAUUGGAAAGUUUCAUGCUCAUUCACCGAUGGAGCUGUGGAAAAAAGUGUAUGAAAAGCUCUUUCCACCAAAGAGUAUCAACACGUUAAAAGAUGCCAGGGACCCUGCACGAGACCCUCAAUAUGCUGAAAGUGAAGUUGAUGAAAUGAGAAUUCAGAAGGAUCAGGAACUUGAACAGUACAAAAGAAGUUCUUCCAAGUCCUGGAAACAAAUUGAGUUUGAUUCUUAAACAUAAUUCAACAUUGUGUAUUUACUUCUUCUUUCCCAUAUAUACAAGUAAGAUUGUUUUUUCAAAUAACUAUUGUGGUAAUAUGUGAAGAAAGUUAAGAUUUGUCAUUUGUUAAAAGAAAAGCUGAACUGCCUAGAUAAUUUGAAGUCUUUUAAAAGGAGAAAAACUGUGUAACCACCUAUAAUAUUUUUUUAAAAUAAGAAUCUUCUAACUACCUCUAACAUGCUUAAAUAGUAUAUACUCAGUUCAGCAUUUCUAAGUUUCUGCUUAUUGUUUUUUAGGAAUAUGAGAGCAAGAAUGUUUGGUAGGAGUUCUAAAUACAAGGUUAAACGUUCACAGUAAACGCAUCCUUCUAGAAGGGGUUCUCAGCUGUAGCUGUUAGGAAAGCGUAAAUGGGUUCACUUUCACAGGUGCAAUAGUUUUGUUCUAACACGGAGGCACAGGAAGCACUUAAAGUAUUUAUUUAAUAUGUGCAUUACUCAGUCCCCACACCCAGAGAUUUGGAAUCAGUGGAUCUGGAAUGAAGCUCAGUAACCUGCAUCUUCAGUCAGCACAGAAUGCAUUGGUACCACUUUUUGAACAACAUGCAAAAUUAAGGAGACUUCUUAUCUAUAACCAAGCCAAAGCUUUGUGAGUUGGUGAUAAGCAGAAUCAAUUUCCAAGUGGGAUAACCUUUAGGAAGCCUUCCAGUCCUAUAGAUUUGUGUAUCUGCUAGCCAGCUCAGUACUGUGUGUCAUUUCUGCCAUUAACCAGGAAAGUCAUUUAUUCUGUGUACUUCCAUUUCCACAUAUUAAAUAUGUUACAGAGUGCAUUGGUUUUAAUUUGACCAAGCGAUGAUUUAGUGUAAAUUAGCUAAAAAUAUGCCCUGUUUACUGUUGUAAAUUUUGUAGGUUAUGAUAUUAUAUAUGCCUGAAAACUUCUAUGUUGGGGUCAAGACUAUCAUUUUAUCAUUUACUCUAGAUAGUCAGUGUUGCAUCAAGAUUUUGUAUCAUGUUACAUGUUAGUGAAUCAAUGUAAUAAUGAAAUGUAUCCUAAUAGGAAUAUUUUGUAAUUGUUUGUAAAAUGUUCAUAUUAAUAUGAAAAGUGUACUAUAACAAGUCUAUUUAUGGUCCGUCUUUGAUAAUUAUAUUCUUGCUUGACAGCCUGCUGAUUAAUAAUAGUCAUAUCUCUCAAAAUAAAUGUUUUGUUUUUUCCAGAAAUUUAGCCUUAAUAUGAAAAAUAUAGCCAAGAGUAAAACAGUACUGUUG